AUGGAUCUCCACGACGAAGGCGCGUCCGCAUGGGGCGAUGUUCCGUCAUCGACGACACCAACGGCAGAAGUCCCCCAGAUUACCACUACCGACCAGCCCGCCGCCGACGAUGCCCCUGCCGCUGCCGCCCAGCCCGUUGCGCCUGUCUCGACCGCUGCUAAGUCGCCCGGCAGGCCCAAGCCCAACCACCGCCGCAUCGGCCCUACGCGCCUGGAGACUGUCGAAGACCCUCUCGGGCCUCUGGGCGCCUCCGUCGAUUCUCUCGGAGACUCCCAGGUAGAUGAACCCCCUGCACCACCGCAGAAGGAGCUCGCCGCAGGCCGUGGCUCGCGCCCCACGACGGCCACGUCGCAAUCCUCCAUUCGCGGGAUGAUGGAAUCCGUGAAUCUGGACGAAAGCCUCGAGAGCCCGACUAUGGCCGGAGCCAGGGUGCCGCCCCCGGUGCAGCCUCCGAGCAACAAUGGCCCGCCGAGGCAGACGCAACCCAGCGUGAGCGUCGAGCAGGCUGCCAAGCCCACCUUCCACAUCACCGUCGGUGAUCCGCACAAGGUCGGCGAUCUGACAAGCUCUCAUACCGAGUACCAAGUCAGAACUGUGACUACCUCGAAGGCCUACCGGAAUCCUGAAUUUGCCGUCUCCCGCCGCUACCGCGAUUUCCUCUGGCUGUACAACCAGCUCCAUAAUAACAAUCCCGGCGUCGUCGUCCCUCCUCCCCCGGAAAAGCAAGCCGUAGGUCGUUUCGAUGCCGACUUCGUUGAGUCGAGGCGGCAGGCAUUGGAGCGCAUGCUCAACAAAUGCGCUGCGCACCCUAUCUUGCAGCACGAUGGUGAUUUGAAAUUGUUCCUUGAGAGUGAGGCUUUCAAUGUCGAUAUCAAGCACAAGGAACGGAAGGACCCCCUCCUCCAGGAAAACAAGGGCAUGCUGGGUUCCCUCGGCCUGUCUGUGAGCAGCACCGGGAAGUUCAUCGAGCACGAUGACUGGUUCCAUGAUCGCAAGGUCUAUCUUGAUGCACUCGAGUCGCAACUGAAAGCACUUCUUAAAGCCAUCGAUACCGUCGUUGACCAGCGCAAAGGCCUCGCAGCAGCCUGCGGUGAUUUCUCUGCUUCCCUUCACUCUCUUGCUACCGUGGAGCUAUCUCCUGCCCUUUCCGGACCCCUAGACGGCCUUUCGGACCUGCAGCUUCGUAUCCGGGAACUUUAUGAGCGUCAAGCCCAGCAGGAUGUGCUUACUAUUGGCAUCGUCAUCGACGAGUAUAUCCGGCUGGUGGGCUCUGUGAAGAUGGCAUUCCAGCAACGACAGAAGGCUUACCACGCCUGGCAUGCGGCGGAAUCAGAACUACAGAAACGGAAGGCCACUCAGGAGAAGUUGUUGCGCCAAGGUCGAAGCCAGCAGGAUCGUUUGAACCAACUGAGCGCCGACGUGGCGGAUGCCGAGCGGAAAUCCAACCAGGCCCGCUUGUUGUUCGAGGACAUGGGUCGUUUGAUGAGGAAUGAGCUUGACAAGUUCGAGAAGGAGAAGGUUGAGGACUUCAAGAGCGGGGUUGAGACGUAUCUCGAGAGUGCUGUGGAAGCGCAAAAGGAGUUGAUUGAAAUCUGGGAGACCUUUCUCAUGCAGCUCGAUGCAGAAGACGAGGACGCUCCUUUUGGUGCCACCAGCCCGCCGGCUGGUGUCAAGGCUGCGGAUUUGGAGGCGAGCACCAGCAACAUCAGCGACAGACCUCUCACCGCGCAGAGCCAGGAUACCCAACAGAGCAGCGAAGCCGAGAACAACCGGCCCGCUACAGCGGACUCGGAGGAGUGA